AUGUCUGCCGCUGACAAUGUCAAGCUAAUGCACGCAGCCCGACAUGCUCGGCCUCAUUCACGAGCUGGUACGUUAACGCCCACCCGAUCGGUCAACCAAGCUAACCGAAAGGCCGUCUACGAGAAGGAGCCGGACGCGGUCAAGGCUACCCCGGAGAUGGACGCCAUGUUCAAGAACGAGUACGCCAAGGCGUUCGUUGCCCGCACUCAUGAUGGCGAGGCCGUCGGACUCUGCCUGUACUUCUUCAGCUACUCGACUUGGCUCGGUGUUCCCGGUAUCUACCUCGAGGACCUGUACGUCAAGCCUGAGCACCGUGGCAGCGGUCUCGGCAAGCGUCUCUUUGGCUACCUCGGCGAGGUCGCCCUGGAGCGGGGAUGCGAGCGUGUCGAGUGGAGCGUCCUUAACGACGAGUGGACCAAGGAGCGCAUUGAGGGCAUCGAGGGUAUCAAGAAGCUCGCCGCGCUCAAGAACGAGUAG